GUCAACGCGCGCGCAUGCAGUCAGACUAGCCGGACACUUGCAUCCUUUCUGUAGUCAUGUCAAGGUUAACUAUUAAAUGUUGUCGUCUGUAUCAACUGAGCUUGAGCUCCAGAUGGAAAUGUUACCAGCAAAUCUCCAGACUGUCAACAAUGAGCAGUGGACUUGAAUCAAUAAGUGGUGGUAGGAGUGUUUCUUCAGCCAAUAUAUGUGGAAGACAUACACAGUGCUUUGAUAGGACUCUAAACAAAAGAGACCUUCAUUUAAGCGCUCCGCUUGGAGAAGAAAAGGCACUUCACCUCAGAGAAAUAUCAGAGGCCGAAUAUGAGAGACUUGCAGAAGAGACGCUGGAUGCAUUAGCAGAUUAUUUUGAAGAUCUCACAGAUAAAAACUUCACUGGACUGGACUAUGACGUCGUUUUUUCUAGUGGAGUGCUGACAGUGAAAGUGGGCUCAGACCAUGGGACAUACGUUAUCAACAAGCAGACCCCCAACCGACAGAUAUGGCUCUCAUCGCCAACAAGUGGGCCGAAGCGUUAUGAUUGGACGGGCGAGCGAUGGGUUUACACACACGACGCAGUGCCAUUGCAUAGUCUGCUCUCCAAAGAGUUGUCUAUCAUCUUCAAAACAAAUAUAGACCUGUCGCAUCUCAUCCAUUCAUGAUGAGGACAAUGUGAAGAACAGACACUGCUAUUGAUCCUUUCCACACCUGUUUAUUCUUGGGAUUUCCUUGGUGAGCAUGUUAGUGUAUAUUUAGUGCUCAGGAAAUUUAUUGGACAUUAUAUUUGUAUGCCGUUUCUUUCAUGAGGAUCUAUAAAAAACACCAAACAAAGUUUAGACUGGAUUUUUAGAUUGGAUAAAUAGUAGGUUUGAUUUAUUUGAUUUUUUUGUCAAACUUGAACAAACAGCAAAAAUCCUUUUUUGAGUGAACAAGCUACUUCUUUAAAAUGAAAAAAAGGAGUGCACAAUUCUUGAGGUUAUUUAGGACAAUUUAAUCAAUAUAUUUUUUAUUUUCACAUCAACAAUUUACAGAAUCAUUCACUGUAAAAAGUGAUUAGUUACUUAAAGUGAGUAAACCAAAUGCCUUAAAAACAACAGGUUGUCUUUACAAACAUAAUGUCAGUAAACCCAUUGUAACUUGGAACUGUUAUGUUGUUAUUAUGCUAAUUGUACUCGCUUUUUAAAGUCAGCUAUUUCCUUUUUACGGUGUCAGACUAUUUCAGCAUGUAUGUUUUAAAAUAAUUACUGUAAUUAUUACAAUAUUGCAUAUUUGGUGCUUCAUUAAGCUUAUAAAAUCUACAAUUAUAGUCUGUACUGAAUUUAGAAGAUAUGCUGGAGUCUGAAAGAGCAGAUUUAUUUUAGUUAUUGUAUGUAAUUUCGCUAGAUACAGAAAAGCUGGGAAAAAAACAAAUAUAUUGAAGGUGUAUUGAAAAAAAGUGACUUGUUUAUUGUUAUUUUUUGACAAAGUGAGUACACUUUGCAUAAUUAUAAAAAUUAAUUCAACCUAACAGUUCCAAGUUACAUAUGGUUUAUUUAAAUUAUUUUUGUAAAGUCAACUUGUUGCUUUUAAGGCAAUUGGUUUACUCGCUUUAAGUACCUAAUCACUUUUUACAGUGUUUCAGUAUACAUGUAAACUUUUUUGGGACAACUUAACUGUUUCAUGUUCGAUUCACUUAAAUUAAUCAAUUCAAUUAAGUUAAAUUAAUCGAUUUGUGUUGGGACAACCUGAAUGAAAUAUGUGGAACCAUGCAUUUUUUACAGUGUAUGCCAUAGGUCUCAAACUCAAUUCCUGGAGGGCCACAGCUCUGCACAGUUUGGCUGCAACCCUAUUCUAACACAGCUGAUCCAGUAGAGUUGUCUUGAACACCUUGAUUAGCUGGAUCAGGUUUGUCGGAUUAGGGCUGGAGCAAAACUGUGCAGAGCUGCGGCCCUCCAUGAAUUGAGUUUGAGACCUAUGCAGUUCUAGACAAUUCCGUCAUAUUGUCCCAACACAAAUCGAUUAAGUUAACUUUAUAGUUUAUACAAAUUUAAGUAGAUUACACAUAAAACAACUGAGUUGUCUCAAAAAAAAGUCAAGAAUUGUGUUUCAGCUCAUUUUAAAUAAGUUAUUUGAACAAAAAGCAAAAAUAAUUUCUUGAGUGUAAGCUUGACCUACAAAUUGGCCAAAGAGGUAAAAAAAACAAAGCGUAGACCUCGGAUAAACAGUAGUUUAUUUGUCUGCAUCAAACUUGUGCACAAUUCUGAGCUUUAAAUGCACUCAGGACAGCAGAAAAGUGCUCUCAUGGUCAAAUCCCUGUGAAUGAACCUGGUUAGAUUAAAACCAGAUUAAAGAGAUCACAUUUAAUGGCUCUUAAAGCAGCCGAAUAAGACAAAUGGGCACAGAUUGUAUUUUUUUGGAAGCUGUAUUUAUGCACCCCUGAACUAGAAAAGGAGUGGAUUAUGACGGACAGAUGGAGAAGUUCUUCCUCUAAAAGCCUCUGGACUUUAUUUAAGAAUUAUCUGUAAAUAAUGGCAUCGGCUCUCUGGUUAAAUUCCUCAGAGCUUUACUGCUGCCACCCUCACAUGAUGUAAAAAUACCAGCCUAAUAUAUCAGCAACCCACCCUUUUGUUAAAGCCAUGUCAUUAAUGCAUCAUAGUCGAUCAUUACGCCUCAGACGCCUCUUAAAGUAAUAGUCCAUAUAUCGCAAUAUUAAGUUGACACGUUGUCUGUGCAGAUGUUGAAAUUUGAGAUGGAUUGUACUGAAAUGAAUCAUUUGAUGUCUUAAUUCGGGUUGCAUGUGAUGGAGACAAUGGCACAUCUGAUGUUUUUGUCCAUUGAUGCAUAUGUAAAUGUAAUGGUAAAUAAAUUAGAAUGUCAUUUUA